CAUCAACAUUGUUUGAAGCACGUAAAAAAUUACUUCCUAAUCAGAUAAUGGAACAAUUUCAUACAAUUAACCGGCACGGAUUUUGGAAAUGACGGCACCAUUGUUACUCGGCCUUUAAUUUAUGACACGAGGCUGUUUACCGUAGGUAUAAUUACUAUUUUUUUUGUGAUGAGUAGGAGUACUACUUAAAUAUGUGAAAAUUCCUAUUGCUUUAGGUUGAAUCGAAUAAAAUCGCGCCAUCGAUUCAUCUAGUGGAUGUCCACUGCCAUUAAUAGUAAAUACUUAAUGAUAAAUUGAUAAAUAAAAAUAAUGAACGUCAAAACAUCGGGCAACUCAAGAAAAUUGUCUCCAUAGACCACAUAGACAUACGAAGCUAUACUUUUUGAGGUUGAUAAUUCCAAAGAGGAAUAAAUACAAUAGAACGUAUGUCAAGUUUGAAUUAAUGUCAAGGUAAAUCCAGAAAAAAUGGCAAAGCAAAGAGCAAUUAUUUGAUAAAUUUUACAAGGACUGGGACCAAACAUAAUGUUUGUAUAGUUAAAUUCUAAUUUUGUAAAGUCUUUAAAAGCAUCAAAUUAGUGAACCAUUUUUCAGAUGACUACUAAAUAGCAUAGAUUUCUCGUUAAACCGCUCCUAAAAUGACAGACACACGCGAUUACCAUCACCAUCCAUCCAGUGUAUUUUCAACUGACACCAUGAAAUUAGCCAGUAGUGCCUCCGAGCAAAAUGUUUAUUUCACCUACGUGUGUCUUGUCAAUGAUAUCAAACCCGGUGGCACUUUUAAUCCCAAAUAUGGGCUCAAUGAGAAAACAUCACAAGAUGUGAUCGAUGUUUCAUCUGCCCAUAAUGAGGAGGUGAAUCAGGAGGACCAACCUAUACAAGUAGAAAGAUCGAAAGCGCUUCACGAACUAGUGGAAUCGUACAAGAAAGCAGAACAAGCUGACCAGAAUGAAACUGACUCAUCUACGCCAUAUCCAACCACUACGUCGGGCGACGAUAGCGAGUUAUCGGAGAUCGAUGAGUGUAAUUUCAUACCCUGUGACAACCCAAACGUUUUAAAACUAACCAAAAUGAAGUGGCUAACUGAGGAUACCGAAGAUGGCCCCGAUUCUAGUUCACCAUCGAUAUCACCUACAACUUCGAGCUCUAACUGUAGUAAAGUUUCCGAAGAUGAAAUCAAAGAAGAUGUUAAUGGUUUGGGAGACAAAUAUUUGUCGACUAUACUGCGGUUGGACAAAGAGCACAACAUGUUUGGCUUGUCAAACAUUGCCAUAGUUGGAGCCAAACCAUCUAAGAUGAAACGCAAGGACGAUGAUAGGCCUGUGUUCCAUCAAACAGCUAUCGUCCAAAUAUGUUGUGGCAAGGGUUGUUGCAAGUAUAAGAGCAACACGGAUCUACCAUUAUCUUUGAAGGGGUGUGGCGGUUGUAGAGGCUGUUGUGCCGAUCCAUGCUGCACUAUUUGUGUGCCACCAUGCACCCCUCCAUCCUGUGUGGAAGAAUUACCGCCGUGUAGUCCUUUCUGCUCUUCAUGUCCAAGAGGAAAAUGUUCUUGCAAGUACACAUGCAAACCUUCUAAAUGCACGGUGGAUUGCAGUAACUGCUUUGGCUUAAAGAUCAAAUUGAAUCGCAAACCAAAAUACGAAGCUCCGGCGGUCGAAUUAACUCCACGAGCUAGUUGCGAGCUACAAAAACCACUGGCAGCUCGAUCCUGCCAUCACCUGCCUCAGUGCAUUCCACCUUCGUCGUGCUUCCCUUACCUGAUGCCCUGCUUCUGGCCGGCUCGACCCUCAGCCCCUUGUACCUCGCCAGCGCGGUGCUUCCACAAUCCCCCGUGCCCGGCAGCUAGGAAACGUGCAAGAGUGUCUCCACCUAGGGAGUAUAUUUGCCCGAAGAAAUGCGUGGAUGAGCAAAAGCAAACGAAAUGUGAUAAUGAUAUUUGCCCUGGGAAUAAUCUUGUGCUGAGACGAGCUUUAGAAAAUAGAUUUGGCAUGCCACCUCCUUCAAGUUAAUAAUGGUUUUGCCGCAUGACAAUCAUCCCUGUUGCGAUUGCAAAACG